AUGUCGACGACUGAAACUACCACUGCGCUUCAACUUGCAGGCGAGAUUCAAGAUGAGCAGUCUCUCUUUGAAACAGCUGAGAAGCUGCACACGAAACCUCUCUGGAAGCAGAUGAGCAGAUUGAACCCUGCUCUACCCAAUCCAACCGCAAUACCGCACAUCUGGAGAUACGACCAAAUCAGGCCUAGUUUGAUUCGGGCAGGAGAACUCGUGAGUGAGGAUCGAGCUGAGCGAAGAGUGCUCAUGCUAGUAAACCCGGCCAGAGAUGCUCCAUAUACAACAGACACCAUCUACGCCGGUUUGCAGCUCGUGAUGCCUAACGAAGUAGCAAAGGCACAUCGGCACACGGCGUUCGCGAUGCGAUUCAUCAUCGAAGGCCAAGGUGGUUUCACCGCUGUCCACGGACGUCGUAUCAAAAUGCAAAGAGGCGACGUAAUCCUCACUCCGACAUGGAACUGGCACGACCACGGCAAAGACGGCAACGGACCGAUGAUAUGGCUCGACAACCUCGACCUUCCGAAUUUCAGACAUUUCCCCGUCCACUUCGUAGAGCAUUUCUCGCAAGCACGAUACCCUGCUGAGGAUGUGGACUCUGACGAAUCGCCAAUUGUAUUCCCCUGGUCGAAGAUGCAGAAGACUCUUGAUGAGAAGCCUGGAGACUGGACCUCAGAAGACUAUGUAAAGCCAGAUGGUCGUCCAGUGUCUAAAAUCUUGGGAGGACUGGCAGAACGGCUCAAUGCCGGCUGUUCUUCGCCUGUCGUACAAGAGACGGCAUCUUCGAUCUACCACGUCGUGUCGGGCUCAGGAUACUCCUCCAUUGGAGAUGAGAAGAUCCAAUGGAAGAAGGGAGACACUUUCUGCGUUCCCUCGUGGUAUGCAUACAGUCACCAUGCUGAUUCCGAGGAAAGUGUGUAUUUGUAUCGAUCGCACGACAAGCCUAUGCUCUCGGCUCUAGGCUUCUACCGUGUGGCUGGUGUGGACGUGGAGACUUUCGUCUCAGAUUGA